UUUAAGAAAUAUGUAUGGAUCUGCUAGAUUGAAACAAUGCAAUGCAAGGUAAGAAGGGGAAGGCGAAAGCUUCUUUCUUCUUCUACCAAGGCUUCUUUGUAGCAGCGUCAGCAAUCAUCGGAGUGAAGAACAUCCUACUAUAAAUAAUAGCAGUAUAUUGAACAAGUGGUAGAAGAGAGAAGAAAAGGGAGAAAGGAAUGCCGAUAGGGAAGUACUACUGCGACUACUGCGAUAAGCAGUUCCAAGACACCCCAGCUGCUCGAAAACGCCACCUGCAGGGCCUCCAACACCUCCGUGCCAAAGCCCAAUGGUUCCACUCCCUCAACGCCCCCGAUCUCUAUCAAAGUUCAUCGCAACCCUUUUCAAAAGGCGUCUGCAAUCGCUUCCUCAAAACGGGAUUUUGCCAUUUCGGAGAUAACUGCAAAUAUUUCCAUCCCAACAACGAUUCCCGGGGACCUAUUCCUCAACCUGCACCAGGUGGUGUGGAGGGGACUGGUAAUGGCAUGACAAUGUCGUGGGGAAAUCUGCCACCAUCCUUGCAGCCUCCUCCGGAGUCUGGUUAUCCAUCGCUUCCCUUUGUGGAUUGGGGUUAAAACUUAAAACUACUCUACAUGCUAUGUUUUUUAGACGCCAAUUCUGUCGUAUGCUGCUAUAUCUUCUUCAUUGUUUAAGCUAUAAUGUCUUUGUUUUAUGCCAAUGUUAAUACAUGUUGAAUAAAACACUCAGUUUCUGUUUCCUUUU